AGACGCGAGAGUUGAAAGGUCAGAGAGCGACACCGGUUAGUGGAUGACAGCGUGAGUCAAUGAAGUUCCUCACAUGGCUGUUCGGCUACUGAAGGUAUCAUCUGUUGCCACUGCAGUGAUCGCAUCAUCAGGAUUUUACCUGUACAGCAAAAAUGUGGACUUCAAUGAUCUCAGCAUUGUCAGAUUUGGGAGAGCAGCUGCAACGACAGCUGUCAUCAGUUAUGACUACCUCACCACUCUCAGAGAUGUACAGUAUGGGACAGAGGAGUACUGGGCUGUCAAAUCAAAGGAAAGUGUAGACUGGAAAGUCUGGGUCCCCUUGAGUAUGUCCAGGUCUGACGUGGAAAUAUUUUCUUGAAUAUCCUCAUUUUAAGAAAGGAAUGAUGUGGUCCUGUUGUAAAUAAACUUUCCUAGAGAUGAA